AUGGACGACCUCCAAUCUAGCGCAAGAUGGGCGAACCGUGUUCUGCGCCCUCUGACCUCCAUCUGUCGUCGGAUCGAAAAGCACCAACAGACGCUAUCCCAGAUCGCAACCGAGUCAAGGAAACAAGAGGCAGCACACAAAGAAGCGGCAGUGGAUACAGAGAAGCAAGAUGAUCCUGUGGAUAUUCUUUCAACUUCCGACGCGGACGAAAAUGACCCAGUCUGGAUCCCAGGGAAGCUCGAACGGCGCCGCGCAAGACACAAAUAUUCCAACAGAGGCGAAGAAACCGGUGGAAGGAAGCGUAACAGACUAUCUCUACAAAGCCCUGAAGCACCGCGGGCUCUCCCUGGCUCCAUCGAGAUCGCGACACCACAAAUCACAGGCAGACGAUGGCAAAUGCCUCCGAGCGCGCAGUCGCAACGCUCCAUUGACCGACCUAAUUCCAUUCCUCGGCCUGUCCAGCAACAAGCAUUUCGUGAUCGAUACUCGUUGUAUAAGAGUCCUUGGCAGGAAUUGCUUGACGAAUGUGGUGACCCGACCUUCGCCGACAUAGCCCACAAUCUCGACCGUGUUUUCCAAAACUUCCUCUUCAAUACUCAAAUCUCUAAGAACGAUGCAAAUCCUCUGGCAAAAAGAGAGGCGACUCGUGGAGCUCCGUCUUUAAUGUCGAUGCUCGCGCGACGCCUACCCGCGUUCAUCGCGCUUGAGCAGAAAGCACAAGAUGACCUUGACAAAGAUGGAGACGAAGAUAUGUGUGAUGCAUACUUUACAGAGUUAGAAACUUUUUAUGCGCCUCAUGGUUCUGGGUGGAAGCCGCUCCGCGAGGCUACUCGUGCGCAGGGUAUACAUUUGGUUGCUUCGGUAAUACAGAAUCACUGGGUCACUGAUGGCAUUGCCUGUGCAUUGAUUGAAAAGUGUCGCUCCUGUGCUCCUGAUGCUUGUCAGUCUCUUCUUUCGAUAUUGCUUUCCACCCGCAGGUCGUAUCCAUACCCGACUGCCUUGAAGUCUCCCGAUCAACCUGCUUCCUCUGGGGACGCAGUCAGUCUAUUGCGCAAGUAUGCGCACCAUGGGGUUGUUCCUCGGUCUUACGUUUUCGAUCAACUUGCAACACUUCUUUCACGAGGGGUGCUGCCUCCUGAGUGGAUGGCAACUAAGCUGUGGACUGUAUGGGUGACACGAGCGACAAUAUCGUUCUCAAAGCAAGAUAAUGACUAUGUUGCAGCUUUGAGACUGAUGGAAGCAAUAGUUCUCUCGGCGAGUGAUGUACGCCCCGCUGCUGCUGCUGUGCAGUCUUCUUUAAAAGUUCCCGCGGAACCCAAAAACAAGCAUGUCCGUUCUCGUGAAUCCAGGACAUCUUCCAUGGGAGCAUGGCAAAAUCCGGAUCUUACCCAGACCUGCCCGUUGCAAGUCGAAGAUGCGCUCAGCAAUCAGGUCAUAAGUCUCAUGGCAGCGAUGUGUGGUAUGCACAUCUCACGCUCUCGUGCCAGCGAUAAUAUCGAAUGCCAGAGUGGAACAAAGGCUGGCCAUAUCAUCAGCUAUAUCAUGCUUGCUCUGCAACAAAGCAUGGACUUGAGCUCGGUUUCCCAGCGGUUGAACAUCACGCCGCAUCAACUAUUACGGCGCGGCUGUAUCUUACUUGGUACCAGCAUUGUACAGUCCAAUGAUACACUUGUGUCUGAUGACCAUAAUUGCACAAUACUAUCGAACACUAAUGUUGAUGAAUGUGCGCGGUCUAUUGCCUCUCGCGCAGAUAUGGUUAAAGAAAUGGCAUUGUUCGUACGACAGGCAUUCCGUGGCCUCAAGACCGGCACAGAAACCGAGCGUGAUCCUGUAAGCGAAGACGUACGCCGCAUGAUUAACCAACUGUCUUGCCUGGCAGAUACACCAGGUCUGUCUAUUCUCCUUGGAAAAGUGGCUGCGGAAUCUGCCAUGAUAUUUGCAGAGGCCACAGACGACCCAGAAGAUCUUGUUUGGGCAAUCGAGGCUCAAGAGACAGUUGUCAAAAUUCAAGGUCGGCAAACGCCCGAGGAAUCUGAGGAAGACUCUGAUGAAGAAGUCGAAUUUGAGCAGCCUCUGCAAAGCAAGACUUUAUUCCGCUGGGAAGAAAGUAUAGGCGAGUGGGUGGCACGUACGCCAAUAAGCAAGGCCAAGCCCAAACCAAUUCUAGUGCAGAAGUCCCCAAGGCCCUCAUUGCGGAUGCUAUCAAGUCCCGGUCCCAGUAUUUCUUACACCGACAAAAGUGACACAUCAGAAGAUGAAAGCUCUAGAGACUCUAUCUCCAGAGUGACUUCAUCUCCUUCAUCAGUGGCCGCCCCUCUUCCGACAGCCCCGAAGCGCACACUGGAAGACACGGAUUCUGUACAUUUUCCGUCCAGAAAACGAUACCGACCCACUCCAGUUGUUGUUAUAGACCAUGAGAAGCGCAGCGCCCGAAGACGCUCACCUUCGCCUAAUCGAUACAACUCCACUGUGGAACCGGUCCCUCGCCGUGAAGCCCUACGAGAAAGACGUAAUGUCAAUGUGCGAAUGGCCCCUGCAAAGCAAGGCAGCAAGGUCGCAGUUGUCGUGGUCAACAACCGAGAAACUCGCACUCGGCAGGAUGCACCCCGGCCUGUAUUAGAGCAGGGUGAGAGGCAAAUCCAUCGCACAGUGGAGAGACGCCGGCCUGCGCGCAAUUCCCGUCCACACCCCUGCCAUGCCUGCCAUGCCCAAAAUAGGUGGGAGGCGCAUCUCCCAAUUUGUUAUUCCCGACUCUCAAGAAGAGGAUUCUGA